GUCCCAUCCCUGCCCGGUCCACCUGUCCGGCCACUGACCCCGGCCAGGUAAUGUGACGUCACUGGCCGCAGGCUGAGAUGAGGCGCACGGCGGCACAGCAUCCAUCCCGACGGCAGCGGCAGAGGUGGCUGCGGCGACGGCAGUGGUGGAGAGGCCGGUCGGGGCGCCGGUGGAGUUGUGUUUAGUGUUCGGAGAAGGCAGUGAGUGGUAACGAGUGGAGCAUUCCGACGACUUUAUCCAGUGUCUCGCGAGUGAUUACCAAGCUAUCACGUUUCACCGCCGUCCGCCAUCGUCCGAUUUCAUCGCCAGUCCCCGGACCUCAGCCGUGCACGCCAUGGUGACGUGGCCGCGCACGCCGGCCGUGCUGGCCGUGCUGGCGGCGUGCAUCGCCCUUAUCUCAGCCCAGGACGUUCCCGUGGUCCGUAUUCCUCAGGGAGAGCUGCGUCCGACGCUGAUGACCAGCGCCUUCGAUAAUCACACCAUCUACGCGUUCCUGGGUAUCCCCUACGGCCGGGUGGCGGCGCGGUUCGCUCGAGCCGAGCCGGCCGGAGCCUGGGAGGGGGUGAGGGAUGCCACUGUCGACGGUGCCGAGUGCCCCCAGUGGGACCCGGCCGCUGGCAGGGCGCUCGGCAGCGAGGACUGUCUCUUCGUGAACGUCUACACGCGAAAACUGCCGCCGGCAAACCCGACCGUGCCGCUGGUGUUCCUGCACGGAGGCGACUGGCUGGCGGGCAGCAGCAGCAGUCGCUGGUACGGGCCGCGCUACUGGCUCGACCACGACGUGCUGCUGGUCACCGUUAACUACCGGCUCGGGGCCUUCGGGUUCCUGAGCACGGGAGACGCCGAGGCGCCCGGAAACCAGGGCCUCUGGGACCAGCGGCUGGCCCUGCAGUGGAUCGACGACAACAUCCAAUUCUUCGGCGGCCUGCGCAGUCACACCACCAUCAUGGGCGAGGGCAGCGGCGGGGCGUCCGUCCACCUGCUGCAGCUCUCGCCCACCGCCAAGAACCUGUUCGAGCGAGCCAUCUCUCAGAGCGGAACGGCGCUCUGCCCGGGCGCGCUGGUGCCCGAGUCUAUUGAGAGCACCACAGAACUGGCCGAGAGACUCGCCUGUCCGACGGCACCCAGCAGCGCGAUGGUGGCCUGUCUCCGAGAGGUGUCGGAGGAGGAAAUCUGCCGCGCCACGGCACACAUGAGCAGUCGCCUGAGCUCGGCGGCGCCGUUCGGACCCGUGGUGGACGGUUUCGCGGCCGAGCCGUUCCUACCGCUCCCACCUAGUCAGCUGAUGGAGGCCAACAACUUCCGACACUGCCCCUGGGUGGUGGGAAUCAACCGAGACGAGGGCGCCGACCUAGCCUACUCGCUGCUCACUAGCCCCGAGAGGCUAGAGAAGCUCAAUAACAACUUCGCAGAAGUGGCCCCGCAGCUCCUGAGGCUGACCCGUUCCACCAAUGACCCCAGAGCUGUCAGUGAGCAGAUCCGCAAGCACUACUUCGGUAACCAGCCGAUAGGUGACGCUACGGCCGCGCAGCUGGUGGAGCUUCUCACCGACCGAAUGUUCCUGCACUGCACGGAGCAGGCGGCUCACUGGCACUCCUUCUACUCCACCCACAAGGUGUUCGUCUACCAGUGGAACCUACAGGGCCGCGUCCGCUUCCGCGACCUCCAGCAGCAGAAAACGCAGCAGCCGGGAGACGACCCAGACCACUGGCACCCGGGCAACCCGCGGUUCGCGCGGCGAGGCGGAUCAGCGCACGAGCUGGGUGUGUCGCAAAAGGACGAGCUCCUCCUCAUGUUCUCCAACGACUUCACACCACUCUUCGACCGCGACGAUCCGCUGGUAACCGAGCUCCGUCAGAUCCUCAACAUGUGGGUGACUUUCGCCAAGGCGGGUGACCCGACGCCCGACCUGGCCGGCGAGGGUAUUGCCCUGUGGAGGGAGAUUUGGGAGCACUACCUGCCACUGGACGAGCACUACUUGGUGAUAGACCGGGAGUGGACCACGGUGCACGAGCUACGCUCUAAGGCGAUCCAGUUCUGGGACUCGCUCGGACUGAACGAGAAUGUGUUCAAACACAAAAUUGUGAGGGAUGAGCUCUGAUCGACUGUAUAGGGAGUGUGAGGAACGUGUGUGGGGGGGGGGGGGAAGGAAGGAAGACGAAAUGUGAGGUCAGCGAGCUGAUCGAGUCGCAGGCUUCAGGAUGGUAGAUGAUGAUGCUGUUAUUGCUAUAGGUUCAAAAUGUGGAAAACAUGCCUGAUGCCAGAGAUAGUAUAAGCAAGGCUACAUGUUUGAUAUGCGAAGGUGUCGUUGUAGGUCAUUUGUAAUAUAAAUUUUACGUUUUUUUCUCAAUAAUUUUUAUUUUCAAACACGGUGAGGCGCGUGUGACGGGUAUUACCUAUAUGAGAGCGUUGAAGUGAUUGGUGCUUUUUAAAAUACAAAUGGAACUAAGAACCUG